CCUCCUUCCAACCAACAUCAGCCAUCCGCCGGCAGGCCCAGCAGCAAUGGCCACCGAUACAGCCCCGAGCGACCCGCCAACGACUCUGCUGCACCCGGUCGCCACAAAGUCGCCACAGCUACAGCCCUCUGCUGUCCUCGAAAUGAGCCCGGCGAUGGAGUUCAUGGCGAAAUGCUGCCACCUUCUCCGCCUGAAAGACCAUGUGCUUGCAACUGCUGCACUCUAUUUUCACCACUACUACUGCCACUUUGAAGCCCUCAGGCAUUCGCCCGACCGACUCUCAGGCGGACGGUUGGAUCCAGCCGUUGGUCUUGCCGAGUUCAAGAUCGACUUGCACACCAUGGUCAUUACAUGCAUCCAGCUCGCCUGCAAGCAGUGCGAAGCAAUCCGGAAGACCAGGGACAUCAUCAAUGUUGGACAUUGGCUCGUUGACGAGGUUCCAGGAAAUUAUCUGAAAAUCGGUGAAAAAUACCACAUCAUACGGGAGUCGCUGAUCUCCUCUGAGCUUUGUCUGCUCCGUGUGCUGAACUUUCAAACUGCGAUCCGACUCCCGCACGACUAUAUCCCCGAUAUCUGCCUGAGCACCUUCGACCUCUACCGUAACCAAGGCAAAGAACUGGAUGCCACCCAGGCCAGCGUCGGGGCCAUUGCUUUGAACCUGGCCCAGGAUGCAUGUUGCUGCUCGCAGUUUGUCGCUCAGGGGAUUCCAAUGAAGGCGGUGGCCAUGGCCUGUGUGUAUUUUGCUCUGCGGUUACGACAACUCGAGCUGCCCAUACCCCCCGAGGAAUGGUAUCGGAUGUGCGAUACACGAAGAUCGGAGAGCGAGCCCAGUCUCAAAUCCAACGUCCAUCGGUCGAUGCGCAUUCUGGUUGCCUUCCUGUCGACCAACAACCACAUUUCUUGAAUCUAGGGCCACUACAAUCGCUCACUACAAGUACUCACUGCUGGUGCUCACGAAAUGAAACGAGACGUUCUUGUCUUGUGGCCUUUGAUCGAGUGUGGCUGGAUCUUGAAUACACACAUGCCGAUACGGUGUCUCCAAGAGUGUCGAAAUAUCACUCAGCCUUCCGAAACCCCUCCGCUCCACGGCCAGCAGAAUGUAUCCCCAGUCGUCAGCGUCCACCACCCGAUCGGAGUCUCUCGAUCUCACGGCGAGCUUCUUGAAGCUCCUCCUCCUUUGCAGCCAACUUGCUUCCCCAAACUCGUUCGAGUGCCUCAAUGCUCGCCGACGCUUUCUGAAGGCGACCGACCAGCUCCUCGAGUGCUGCAGCGUCCUUGGAUUGUAGGCCUCGGUCGGAUGGAGUCGCAAAUACAGCCUCGAGUCUCUCGACAAGUGGAAGUAGU